GAAUGAGUUCAGGGGAGCGCGGAGAGUGGCGUGUGGGGAGAAGCAGGGUCCGCUCUGGCAGGGGGGAACCGUUUCCGAGAUUUAAAUGGACCGGAACGACUGUGAUUUACAGAUUUAGUCACCAAAGUGGAUCAUCAAUUGCAGGGCAUUCGUAAUUGGACUUAAAUGUGCUGUUCACCUUUAAAUUAAAGGGGAACUCCACACAAACAUAACUUAAACUUUUUGAAAAGCUUGAAGGCACAACCACACUUGCUCAAUUGUGACGUCAGAGGGUGCUUCAGGGAUGAAGACAAGUGACCAAGAGGGGAUCUCAGAGGGCUCAGCGCUGAUAUGUACAGAGCGAUAUGGAUCAAACCGCACCCAGAGGUACCUGGAGGGAACUGACGGCAGCCUUGUGUGUGAGAGGCACCCUACUGAGCAUGGCUACCGCUCACUGAGAGACUUCUUUGUGUCCCUGCUUCUCCCCCAUGGGUAUCCAGACAGUGUCAGUAAGGAUUAUCUGGCGUAUCAGCUGUGGGACACCAUACAGGCAUUUUCCAGCAGUGUAACAGGUUCAUUGGCCACUCAAUCCCUUCUGCGGGGAUCAGGCGUUGGCGACAGCACUGCCACGGUAGCAGCCGCAACAAUCACAUGGAUCCUUAAAGAUGGUACAGGAAUGGUCGGAAGGAUUCUCUUUGCCUGGAUGAAAGGGAGCCGACUUGACUGUGACGCUAAAAGAUGGAGGCUUUUUGCUGAUCUUCUGAAUGACAUUGCUAUUUUCAUGGAGAUCAUGGCGCCGGUGUUCCCAUCAUUUUUUAUACUGACUGUGUGCGCAGCAGGUGUUUGCAAGUGCAUUGUGGGAGUGGCAGGAGGUGCCACACGAGCUGCUAUUACUGUCCACCAGGCCAAGCGGGACAAUAUGGCCGAUGUUUGUGCCAAAGAUGGAAGCCAGGAGACGCUGGUUAAUCUCGCUGGUCUGCUCGUCAGCCUCUUUCUUGUCCCACUGGUAUCGGACAGUAUGAUGACAACCUAUUUACUCUUCUUCCUCCUCACCUCCCUUCACCUCUAUGCGAAUUACCGAGCUGUCCGAUCUGUCAUUAUGGAAACGCUUAACCAGUCACGGCUCAGCAUUGUGUUGCACCAUUAUCUGAAGGAGGGGAAGAUACUCGAUCCAGAGGCAGCAAAUCUCCAGGAACCACUGUUACCGGGUCUGGGUUCACAGGUGUCAGUAAGUCUCGGCGCCCCCCUGAACUGCCUGGUGUCCAGUGUGUCGGAGCUUGAUCAGUUAAAGAAAGAUAACCGUUCCCUAUACCUCCUGGGCUGGAGAAAGGAUACAGGUGGUGUGGCUGUGGUGUUACAUGAGGAGGCUUCCAGUGUGGAUAUGAUCAGAGCUUGUGUCCAGUCGGAGUUGCUUUCCAGGAAAACCAACAGCUCAGAUCAGCACAAAUCUGGCGGUUUUUCCAUGCUGAGGGGACAGGACUCUCAUCAUUGCACAGACUCCGUUGCCUUGGAACAGACUCAUAACCAGAUCAACAGAAUGUUCCCUACAUUUCUGCAAGGUCUGACCGCAUCAGGAUGGGUGACCAAUCGCAAUCUAUUGGACUCGGAUGACUGGAGAGCAAACUGGGAUUUGAAAAAGCGGCAAUGAGCGAUAGUGAUGCCACAAUGAAAUGAUAUGUUGGAGAGACAGCAAAUUCUUUGUGUUAAAAAUUGACCUAAUGAAUAAUCCAGGAGAAGAGGAAUAGACUGCUGAGAAAUUAGUUAUUCUGUUGGUUAAGACUGGGCCUACUACAGCCAAUCACAGAGCCUUACAUCUAGGUCUCACUGUCAUUAUUGAAUUAUGAAAGUACUAAAUGUAAUUGGUGUCAUAUAGACUAUUGGUGCAACUAAAGGACUGAUGGUCAUUGCCUUGGGCUGGGGCCCUCCAGCCGAUCCUCUGGUAUUGUGGCAGGCCAGUCCAACCACGGAGCCAAUCAGUGUGUAAUAGAGAGGCUCAAACUAUUGCUGAGAAGAAAGCGAAAGGCCCCUUAGUGAGGUGCUCAGUAAUACAUUAUAACAUUCCUAUAUACACCCAAAGUCAUGACAAUUAGGGCCCCACCCAGUAACCCUUGUUACAGCCAGACAUUCUCCUUCAUGUACAACCCCCACUACUAUUGGUUAUACAUGCUCCAUUUUGUUUUUAGCGGUGUGUAUGUUGGGACUGUCCCAGGCCAUUGGGGGUAUUGUAGUAGGUGAAAGCUAGCAACCUAGGAGUGUCCCAUACAGGGACUUAUUUUGUAUAUAGGCACGGAAGGGCUCAUUAUAUAUAAAUAUAUAUUGAAUAAAGUAGUCCCUAUUGUAAAAUAUAAGGAUAUUAUAAGUUACCGAGGAGUUUCAUGACCUUAUAAAAACACGAGGCCGAAGGCAUGAAAUGCU